AUGAAGUUCUGGUUGUACUCGAGCGCCAGCUUGGCGGCCUGCAUGGGGCUGCUGUGGUACACAUACCUGACGCGGCAGCAGUUCUACCCAUCCAUUAUCUACCUCGUGACCUCUAAGCUGCUGCACGAGAAUGUUCGCUACGCCGUGACGGAGACGUGCUUGGCGCUUACGAUUUUCCGCGAGGAGAUCUCGUUCCACGUCAUGAUCGAGCAAACAGACGUGAUUUCCAGACUCACCCACGUGCGACUUAUAGGACUCAUGGCUAUGCUCACAGCUGUGGAUAUCGGCUUUGUGGUGUGGUGCUCGCUGAAGGUGAUGGAGAUCGGACCUUCAGUCUUUAUCCUUUUCGGCUUUGAGUUUUUGAUCCUCCUGGUGACUAUAGUGGCAACAUUCCUACGCUACAUUCUAUACGUUGUGGACUCUCGCAUGGACGGCGCCUGGACCAGCAAGUUCACGUACUUAUUCUACUUGGAACUUGUGUCCGAAGUCACCAAACUUGUCGUCUACUUGGUCUUUUUCAUGUUGAUUUUCACAUACUACGGUAUGCCGCUGCAUAUUGUGCGUGAUCUGUGGAUCUCUAUCAAGAACCUACAGCGUCGUAUCGCGUCGUACUUCCGCUACAGGAAGAUCACAGCGCAUCUGAAUGAACGAUUCCCGAAUCCGACCGAGGAGGAGCUUCAGGAAACGGACAGGACGUGUAUUAUCUGUCGCGAAGAAAUGACCCCCGAUGCCUGCAAGAAGUUGCCGUGCACACACAUCUUCCACGUCGACUGUCUGAAGAUGUGGGUCCAGCGCCAGCAGACGUGUCCUACGUGUCGUUCUUCCAUCCCAACGGGACCACAUCGUCCUACCGUUCCAGCGGCUCGUGUGCCUAGACCCGCCGAGAACAACGCUGCCCAACCGGCAGCAGCGCCGGCACAGGCACCGGCACCGGCCGCUCCUCGUUUCCGGUUCGGUGUAGCAAUUGGACGUGAGAACGUUCCGGCUACACAACCCGGUGCCGGUACUGCUCCAGCACACGCGACGCCUCCGACUACAGCCGGGAUGCCGGCUGCGCCCGGUCAGGCGUUUCCUCCGGGCUACCCGAAUCCGUACAUGUCGCCGAUGAUGUUUGCUCCUGGUAUGGGCGCACCGUUUGGCUUCGGUAUGCCUGGUGCGUACGGCAUGAUGCCUCCUUUCGGUAUGCCUCCGGUGGUCCAGCAGCAAGGGAUGCAGCAGCCAGCUAUGGACCCGGACAGCAUUCAACGCCAAAUCGAUCUCCUGCAUGCUCAGCUGGCGGUACUGCAAGCAUCUGCGGCACAGUUUGGCGGGCCCCAGCAGCCCCAGACUGUACCGCAGCCUCCUAUUUCAGCACCUACAAUGCCGGCACAGGCACAGACCAGCGCCCCGGCAGCCCCUCUCUCUGCCCCGGCAACGGCCGCGUCUGUAUCGGAAGAGGAUCUAGAAGACAAGCGUCCGAUCCCGUCGACACAGGACACUGCUGCUGCUACUGAGCCCACGCCUGUUGAGUCAACCAUUCCACCGGCACCGCCAACUGAGACGGAGCGCCGUCGGGAGGAAUUACGUCAGCGUUACGCCCGCAUUUACGGUAGCUCGUCGAGUUCGUCUGUGGCGGACAAUGAAGAGAAGAGGAACGAUUGAGGCUGGAAAUAAAUAUAACAUGUGUGGCAUCUUACAC